AUGGCUUUGUUUCUUGCUUCGUCCUCACAAAAUUCAGACUUAGAGCCAAAGAAAACGGAUAAAGAUGAACGAAAAGAACAAUUUGAGGAUAUAGAGAAUCCAAGUGCAGAGGAAAUCUUAAAACGAAUCAAAGAAUGUUGUGGAGAAGCAGUGGGGAAAGCGUUUGAAGGUACGAACGUUGCUUUUAUAUUUUCGGCGGGAAACGGCCCAGAAUGCUACAAACCUUCCAAGUUUCUCUCUUUUUUAGUUUUCUUUUACUUUUUGGCGUGCUUUUAUUGAACAACAACAAUCUGUGGUACUUUGCAUUGGCGAAGACUUGAACAAUAUUAAAUCAAUAUUUCCUAGCAAAUGUAAAGUUUACUUGUUUAUUCCAUGGCCGUCCAUUUUGCCUACAUAUACUGAACUUUUGCUAGAAAAGAAGUUUCAUGAAGGCGAGAGGUUUUUCUUUGAAUUAAAUGCAAAAUCUCUUUUAUUUUAUAUACCCGUUCCAAGCACUGACUUGAUUGAGAAUAAAAAAACUGUCUCGCACGAUACAUGUUUUGAAUAUGUAAAACUGGCAGAAGGGCAGGUCAUAGCUUUCUAGGUUUUCAUCUCAGCUAAUAUAUAAGCUUAUGAUAUAUAAUACACUAAAAAUAUGUGUGUAUGUUACUGGUACAUAACAUCCUAAACUGAUCAAAGCCCUGUUUUCUUCCCUUUGGAUUAUUAUUAUUUUUUUAACAUUGAAGGUUAAAGGUUUUUGAUUUGCAUUACUGAUUUUAAAAUUGCAGGACAGUGGCGAUAUUGGUAGCUUUGGAUCAACACUUUCACCAGAUAACUCUGAAAACGAAAAAGGAGACCCACCACCUUCCCAGGCUAGUACUGCAGAGGGGGGUAGCAGUAUUCAGUUGUCACCAAAACUUUGCAAGAUGAUUGUGAGAUUUAUAUGUGGAAGUGUUUUGGGUGGAGAGGAGAUCUCAAAGCUGCUGAAGAAGAGAUUCUCUGUCACACCUAGAAAUCUCAUGCCCCUCACGCUAUCUCAACUGUUGGAAGUGGUGUCCAAGAAGCCAGCAAGGCACAAGUAUGUGGAAAUUUAAUCCCUGAUGAACCUGUUGAUCCUAGGCAGCUGAAGAUGGCUAUGAUAAAAGUGAACAAGGAGACUGAAACAAGUUACCUUUCAUCACUUUAAUAGUGAUGAUGUUGAUUUUAUGACAAUUAAUGCCUAAAAGGACUGUGUUUUUUUCUGAAAACUUUGAAAGAGUUUAUUGUUAUAACCUUUCCUCAAGGGUACUGACAGUUUUAACGAUGGAAACACCUUACAUUUGAAAAAGGUUGUGUUGGAAUUCAUUAAUGUUCUAUAUUGUUUAUUAUAGUAAGAAGUAUUGAUGCUUUCCAUAUUAUACUGUAAAUUGAACAACCAGUGAGUCUAAAUGCACUUGAGACAUUGCAGGGGGUUCAUUAAGGGCCGGGCACCGGGCAAAUUGACCGGCUGUGAACACGACUUUGCCCGGCUGCUUUACAUCUCAAACAACUUCUUUUUAAUACAAGGAACGAUCAAAAACAGUUUUAAGUUACAAUCGUGCCCAUUUCUUGAUGAGCCUUAUCGAUUGUAAAACAUACUUUGCCGUGCAAUUUCCACUUUAUUACACGCGGCAUGAAAUCCCCUCGUUCUUUGUGUGUUAAAAACAAGAAUCGCCCCAUAACACAUUGCGAAAAGAACUGUGCUUCAAAAACGACCAUUUGAAAUGUAUCAGUGUUGCGAGCACGUGAGCAUGGUGGCCCAGAAAAGAACGCGUUCGAUAGCGUAUUAUUUUUCGGCUUCAACCAAAGGGCCUCCAGUAGAGAACAGACCAAGAGAUGAGUAGACUUCUUUGUGAUUUAACCUUUUACUUGCCUGUAUAUAUUGAAUGGC